AUUUUACCGAGCACGAAACGUGUCCGUUGUGAAUGACGUACAACGCAAUAACUGAGAAGUGUACGAAAUAGCCUGAAGUGGUAAGUACGUCGUGGAUAAAUAAAGGUGUCCACCCACUUUAGAAGAUUGAUCUUAUUACUUGAUCAGUGAAAGCACAAAAGCAAUGAACUGGAACAAGGGAGGACCGAGUGGCAAGCGAGGCUUCGGAUUCGGGGGAUUCUCCCUCGCGACUGGGAAGAAAGAGGAACCCCGUGUGCCCCAGAAUGCCCAUGUUGCAUUUGGCUCUGGACCAUCUGGUGGAUAUGGAAAGAAUCAACAGCUUUCGUCAUUUUACAAAAUAGGGUCAAAAAGAGCUAAUUUUGACGAGGAGAAUGCGUAUUUUGAGGAUGAUGAAGAGGAGUCUAGCAGUACAGAUCUGCCAUAUAUACCAGCCGAGAACUCGCCAACAAGGAAGCAGUUUCAGUCUGGAGGAGGUGGAGGAGGAGGUUCAGACAGUGAGGAUGAUCCUCUUGAUGCUUUUAUGGCUGAGGUGGAGGACCAAGCAGCGAGGGACAUGAAGAAACUUGAAGAGAAAGAAAAAGAGAAGGCCAAGGGUAUACGGGAUGACAUCGAAGAGGAAGAUGAACAAGAAGCGUAUUUUCGUUACAUGGCAGAGAACCCAACAGCAGGGCUGACCCUUGAAGAAGAGGAGGAAGAAAUAGACUAUGAUAGUGAUGGAAAUCCAAUUGCUCCUAUUACCAAGAAGAUUAUUAUGCCCCUGCCCCCCAUAGACCACUCUGAGAUUGAUUAUCCUCCCUUUGAGAAGAACUUUUAUAUUGAGCAUGAGGAAAUCAGCUGUCUUACUGGGGUUGGAGUGGUGGAAUUGAGGCAGAAGCUUAACCUGAAGGUAUCGGGUGCAGCCCCUCCUAAACCAGCCACUAGUUUUGCCCACUUCACUUUUGACGAGCAGCUUAUGAACCAGAUCCGUAAAUCGGAGUACACUCAACCCACGCCCAUCCAGUGCCAGGGUGUUCCCAUUGCUUUGAGUGGCAGAGACAUGAUUGGGAUUGCCAAAACUGGCAGUGGAAAGACUGCGGCUUUUAUUUGGCCAAUGCUGGUGCACAUUAUGGACCAGAAGGAAUUGGAACAGGGAGAGGGACCCAUCGCUGUGGUUGUUUGCCCCACCAGAGAACUCUGUCAACAGAUCCAUGCUGAGUGCAAGCGCUUUGGGAAAGUCUAUGGCCUACGCUCAGUGGCAGUGUAUGGAGGAGGCAGCAUGUGGGAGCAAGCCAAAGCCUUACAGGAAGGAGCUGAAAUUGUUGUCUGCACCCCAGGUCGUCUAAUCGAUCAUGUUAAGAAGAAGGCUACAUCACUGCAACGAGUGACCUACCUGGUGUUUGAUGAAGCUGAUCGCAUGUUCGACAUGGGUUUUGAAUACCAAGUGAGAUCCAUCGCCAGUCAUGUCAGGCCUGAUAGACAGACUCUGUUGUUCAGUGCAACAUUUCGGAAGAAAAUUGAAAAGCUGGCACGGGAUAUUUUAGUUGAUCCGAUCCGUGUUGUGCAAGGAGACAUUGGAGAGGCUAAUGAAGAUGUUACUCAAAUAGUGGAAGUUCUGCAGUCGGGGCAGGAGAAGUGGGGAUGGCUGACACGCAGACUGGUGGAGUUCACCUCCGCUGGUUCUGUGCUGGUUUUUGUGACUAAGAAGACCAACUCUGAUGAGCUUGCUACAAACUUGACACAGGAAGGUUACAGUGUCGGGCUGCUUCAUGGUGACAUGGACCAGAGCGAGAGAAACAAAGUCAUUGCGGACUUCAAAAAGAAGAACCUACCUGUAUUAGUUGCUACUGAUGUAGCUGCUCGAGGAUUGGAUAUCCCAUCCAUCCGUACAGUAGUGAACUACGACGUGGCAAGGGACAUUGACACGCACACACAUCGAAUCGGCAGAACGGGACGUGCGGGGGAGAAAGGUGUGGCUUACACUCUGCUUACCACUAAAGACACUUCGUUUGCUGGUGACCUGGUUCGAAAUUUAGAGGGAGCCAAUCAGAGUGUUUCAAAGGACCUGAUGGACUUGGCAAUGCAGAAUCCCUGGUUUAGAAAAUCCCGCUUUAAGGGUGGCAAAGGGAAGAAGCUAAACAUUGGAGGUGGUGGCCUCGGAUACAGAGAGAGACCUGGUCUUGGAUCCGAUACCAGUGAACGCAGUAGUGGUGGUGCUCUCAGCAACUAUGAAGCUUACAAACCUUCCACCGGAGCCAUGGGAGACCGCAUGUCUGCCAUGAAGCAAGCAUUUCAGGCUCAGUAUAAAAAUCAUUUUGUGGCAGCAUCUGGUGUUCCACCUAAACUCACCACAAAGUCCAGCAGCUCUUCUGGGUGGACCAGUGCAGGAAGCCUGAGUUCUGUGCCCUCAGGAGCACCUGAGGGGCCUGACAGACCCCACCUUUCCUACUCGCCUUCAUCAUCUUCCUCCUCCUUUUUGUCCAUGCCACCACCCCCUGCUCUCAGCUCGGGCACUAAGAUGAGUGGAUUCAGCAGCGCCGGCUUAAGCUCUUUGUCAGACUCUUACUCAAGCUCUUCUUCAAAAGAGGGGUCCCGUAGCGAUAGGGGUGCCGAUGACAGGGGUCGUCAUGGGGAUAGUCAUUAUCGUCAUGGUGACAGGCACAGUGGUGGAGACCGUGAUCGUUAUGGGGAAAGGGACCGUCAUAGUGAUAGCCACAGAGACCGCCAUGGUGACAGUCGAAACGGUGACGGAAGUCAUAGGGACAGAGAGGGACGGUCAGACAGAGAUGCGGGGGAUAGGUCAGGGAGUAAUAAAGAAAGCUUUGCUGUUCCUGAUCCCCCCAAACGUAAGAAAAGUAGAUGGGACAAUUAGGGCGAGUGUAGAGAAAAAGCUGAAUCAGUCAACCCAGCAGUGGCGUGUCUGUAUGUAAGGGGAAGCUGUACGAAGGGUUCUUGGGGUGCUCGGCCACUCCGUCACCCUUGUCAUGUAAUACAUUUAUACAAGGUUGUUUUAGAGAUUUAGAGCUGUGAAUUAAGAAGUGUAAUCGAAUGCAUCUUGAAAUAGGGCCCAACCAUGCAAACAAACACUGUGUUAAAAUGCAGAUGUGCUACUCCAUGUCCUUCUAAAAAACAACAACCGCCUAAAAAAUGUUUGACUUGUCUGGUUUUGUUUCAUUGACUAAUAACAAAAAUCAUUUUACUUCCGAGACAUUUUUGUGUUCUUUGCAAACAUAUUUGUGAAACAUCUAUUUUAUCACUUAAGAUUCAGUGUAUUUUAAUGUGUGCUUAGGAGGAUUCAAAGACAACAGUUUUUUGUUCUCAUGUUUUUUAUUGUCUAUGGCCUAAAUAGUUUGAAUUCAAACUUUUUUUAGUAGUUGGCUGACAUUACUUGUAAGUGUUUGUGAAGCGUCUCCCGAGAGACGCAAACUGUCCUGUUUUGUCUUUCUGUGCUGUCCAGCAUAUGAUAUAGGUCAUGCUGAAUAAAGCCUAACAGAGCACACAUUCUAGAUUCAUACACAAUACAGUCACAAUGCAGUUGAAAUGGGGAAAAAAUGUAUGAAUCCACAAUAAACUUUACUGUAUGUACCAUGUUAUGUCCUUGCAUUUCCUUUAUUUUGAUGGAGGGCUGUGUGUAUAAGCUUUGGACUGCUCACAUUCAGUUUAUUUCCAAUAAAGACAAAAAUUUCCUGUUUUCUUUUUAAACUUAAUUA